CUUUCACUUCUUAAUUCAUGAUCACAAAAUUUACAAAAUAUGGGAAUCUUGUUGAUGCACAUUCUUCAUCGCAUGUGAUUUAUUCGUAUAUUCUACAAGCUACAGCACACAGAAAUAUACUAUAUACUCCGAGAUAUGCUAUUAUUCAUAUUCCUACCCAUGACAUCAAUAUUGUGAAACUUCAGCUGCCAAGAUGCAAAAUGAGCCUACAGAUGAUUGGGAAUCCUCGCACCAAGCUCCGUCCAAGAAACCAAGAAUGCUUAUUAGAAACCUUAGAUACUAACAUCGAUAGUUGUGCCCAGAACAUUGGCCUUCUCACGUACCUCUAGGUGAAAUCAACUAGGUUACCUAUCUGAGCCAACACUUACCACCAACAUCAUCGCCGUAAUCAUUUUCUUGAUAUCAUUCUCCCUAACCUCUCCUAUUCCAACCUAUUGAGAUCAUCCUGAAGUAAACCAAACCCCUCAUUACCUCACCAUGCAGCUCGCCGUCUUCUCCGCUAAACCCUACGACAAGAAGUACCUCACGAGCACCCGAGCGACAGAACUCGAUAAUGCCACCAAUAUCGAAGUCGUCUACCACGAAUUCGCCUUGUCUCUCGAAACAGUUCCUCUAGCAAAGGGAGCAAGCGCCGUCUGCGUCUUCGUGAACGAUGAUCUCGGCGCCGACGUCCUUAAGUCGCUACAUGCGAGUGGUGUCCGUGCAAUCCUAUUGCGUUGCGCCGGAUACAACAACGUCGACUUAGAAGCUGCCCAACGUCUGGGUCUCUUCGUCGCCAACGUGCCGUCUUACUCUCCCGAGGCUGUCGCUGAAUUCGCCGUUGCCCAAAUCCAGACGCUGAAUCGAAAUACCCAUCGCGCAUACAACCGUGUUCGCGAAGGAAACUUCAGCCUCCAGGGACUACUAGGGCGCACUUUGAACGGAAAGACGGUAGGUGUUAUUGGCACGGGUCGCAUCGGUGUUGCAUUCUCCCGAAUCAUGAACGGCUUCGGGUGCCGACUACUAGCCUACGACGUCUUCGAAAACGACGACUUCAAAAAGUACGGCACGUACACGGACCUCGACACCCUGCUCUCCGAGAGCGACUUCGUUAGCCUUCAUUGCCCAUUGACGGAGAAGACGCGGUAUAUCAUAAACGACGAGACACUGUCGAAGAUGAAGAACGGAGCUAUGCUAGUAAACACUUCGAGGGGCGGGCUUAUCAACACCAAAUCUGUCAUUGCGGCCUUGAAGAGAAAGCACCUAGGUGGCCUGGCGCUGGACGUGUACGAGGGCGAAGGGGCGCUGUUCUACAAUGAUCACUCGGGCCAUAUUAUCGAUGACGACGAGCUCAUGCGUCUGACUACCUUUCAUAAUGUCCUCGUGUGCGGGCAUCAAGCUUUCUUUACGGAGGAAGCUCUGCGCGAAAUUGCCGAGGGUACUAUCCGUAACCUGAGCGAUUUUUUGCAUGACAGGCAGUGCAAGAAUGCUCUCGUCCAAGACCAAGCUGGGUCGGAGGUUAUUAGAAAAGCCUCCGUACCGAUUCGGAUCUAGAAAUACAAGGGAUUAUUCUGUAGGUAGGUCAUUGUGAGUGCCUAAGUAAGGGUGCGUGAAGGAUUCAUAUACAAGCAUGGCGGCAUUGAAUAGACUUUCAAGAAAUUUGGUGUCGAGUCCAAAACAGCUACCGCUAAUAGUAUUAGAUAAAUCACUAUGAAUGAAUCUAUAAC